GAGAAGACCAGGCUUCACCAUGAGUCUCAAAACAUAUUCAACGUUUGAAUCACAGCAUGAUCGUGCUCUUGACACAUGUGACUUUGACCCGUCCAUGACCCUCUCAACCUCCCGCCAGUGGCCUGGCGAAAGACAUCCGACCAGGUGGGAUGUACAUGAUGCCAAUGAGAGCCCUGCAGCGACGUUUUUGGACCAAUUUCGAGCCGCACUCUUGCACAGCGAAGGCGCAGAGCACGACGUUCUACUCGAUGAUGAUCCUGAGAUAGGAGCCUCUCAGCAGGCUGAUUCGCACGAUGUCUUCAAGUACACAUAUCCGAUGGUGUUACUUUCUGAAGUUCCCCCAACCCCGACUGACCAGGAGUUGGCACAUUUUCAGACCUUGUUCUCGACCACUUUCAAAAAACACUUCUUCUUGGACUUUAUGGACAAUGUGCCGACUUCUUCCAGCCCGACGCCUCCGUAUCUCGACUUCGCAUCCGCGUGCCUGGGAUCAAUUACUUCCUCACCAACAGCAUCACAUUCGAGUGCCGCUUCAAACGACUCAUCCAGACAGGACGUCUCAGCAGCCUUAUUUAUCGCUGGUGUGAACCUGUGGUCUGUCAUGCUUGAAGUUGAUAAUCGCGAGGCCCGCCAGCUUGAAGCAGUCAUUGCGGCUUCCUUGCUAUCUACUUACGGACUGUUGUCCGCGGAUAAAGUCCACUGGAGAAAGGCUUCAGGUAUUCUGUCUAAUGUUGUGACGAUCUCCAGGCGGCUCCAUCUAACUGAUGGACACUCUCCUCUCUACCAUGCUAGCAACGUUGCGGACAAGGACUUCAUGAUGAAAAGUUCGCUCAUCAGUUACAUGAUACUUGUUGACACCCUUCACGCGGCAUAUUUUGGGCUUGCACCCAACCUUUCCACCAGCGAGUUGUUUAUACGCAUGCCAUGGUCCAACCAUCAGUUUCGGACCGUCUACAACUGCCUCGUCCAUGGCCAUGAAACCCCUUCAGAUAUGCGACGGCCAGAAGAUGCACUUCUGCUGCUGACGGCGAUUCUCAAUGACACCAUCCAUGUCAAUUGUAGCUUUCUGUCACUCCAAUUUCCUGAUGUGACUUCUGGCCAGAACAUAAACGGUCAUAUUCAGGAAUCCAUCAACCCCUCUCCUAAUCGACACGUCCUGACCAGUAACAAGAAGCUCAGAAAUCCUUGGGCGCCCCUAACUGCAGGGUCAGAGUUCUGUCGCUUAAGGGUUGACCUGCUUGCAGCAUUGUCGAGAUGGGAAGACCAUUUUCAGGAUCACAUUGGCAGCGACAUUCUAGCCCUCGGCUACUUCACUCGUUUACAGCUCCAUUGCCCCGAAAUGUGGGAGCUCCCGUACGUCGCCGGGUACGGGAGAACUGCAGCUACGACUAGAGGGCCAACAAGACCAGCAACCAAGAUCGAAGUACCUGACAAAGCCAUGGACUUAUCUUGGCAGGUAUUAUAUCAUUGCGAUAAGGCGUCCAAGAGCUCAAUCGGCGCAAUGGCAAUAUGGCUACCAAUUGUUGUGUUUCUGUCGGCAUUAGUGGUAUGGCAGAAACUCCGGAGCCAACGUCCAGGGGACAUCAGGUAUGGCACUCUGAAAGUCCUGACCAUGUUUCAGAAUGAGCUCGCGAAACUACCGUGGGCAUGUUGUUCGGAGAUGAUCAAGCUUCUGGACCGGCUCAUGAAUCAAGAGCAAUCGGCCGACGCUCGAGAUGAUCAAUAAAGAAUCAUUACAUGGUAGUUUACUGUGAUGUCGAUGUAUGCAACCUCACCAGCACGGCCGAGUCUCUCCAGCUGAUUAAGUCACGCCGAUGAUGGGGUUCCGGACAAGGACACUAUUUCGCAUUGGCUACCCCAUCGCUUCCGGCAUCACCAAGCAUGCCUUCAGCCCUCAUGAGUGGAUGGGUGGUUGGGCAACCUUAUGAAAGAUGAUGAUUCAUUCCGAUAAUGAUGAUUGGGCUGUUCUCUUUACCCUCCUGCGCAGCAGGAUGGCGAGGAAGAUAACACUCAAGGAGCGUCACGACAUCCCUCCGAUUACACACAGGUGCCGACCACUAACACGUGACCAUUGCUCCUAAGAAGGUAGCAAAUACCACCCCCCGGAUGGAAAUUAUUUUGAGGAUAUCGACAAAGGCCGCCAUUGACAGAAAUCAUAGGGUACUUGUGGCUAUGGAAUGUUUAACAGACGCAUCUAGCAUAUUCAGCACGAGUUCAGAUCCCCAAACCGCUCCCGAGCUUCGAAAGGCCACGAACAAGAACGCCAUGAUCCUAGUUCUCUCAUCUAUAAAUCCUAUCAUCAAAUUUGCC